AUGAAGCCUGACUUGAAUCUCCUUUUUUCCAUCUUCAUUACUGUCAAGGUCACUCUCCCUCUGGAAUAUUGUCCAAUGCACUGCCAGUGUGACUGGGACAUCCACAGUGUGUCAUGUUUUGGAGCUGAGUUCAUGCCUGUUUUCCAUUCCAGCACACAGGAGGUAUGGCUUGUUGGGACAAAACUUUCUUCUGUUCCUCAGAAUGCCUUUGCCAACUUGGCCAACAUUUCUCACAUAUACAUCUCGGAUGAUGAUACUUUAAGAUAUCUUGAGAGGCAUUCUUUCCACAACCUGUCCAGGGUCAGCCACAUACAACUAACUGGUAUCAAAACACUAUCAUACAUUGACCAAGAGGCAUUUAAGGAUCUGCCUAAUUUAAGGUACCUUGGGAUCACUAACACAGGUCUCAACUCCUUUCCUGGGCUACAUUAUAUUCAGUCCAGCCAAGAGGAUUUUAUUUUGGAGAUAGUGGAGAAUUUCUUCAUUCAAGUCAUACCUGCUAAUUCUUUCACUGGAAUAUCUGAGAAUGCUCUGACCAUCAUGCUGAAUAGCAAUGGCGUGAAAGAGAUCCAGCGCUAUGCCUUCAAUGGGAGCAGACUGGAGGAAGUGUAUCUUCACAGGAAUGUGGAUUUGGAACAAAUAGAUGAAUUCGCAUUUUAUGGCGUAAUUCGUGGACCAACUUAUUUAGACCUUUCAGAGACCAAAGUUAGCUCUUUGCCUUCAAGAGGUAUGGAGACCAUUGAAAAGCUCCAAGCUAAAAACACUUGGGCCCUCAAAGUACUGCCUCCCUUUAGGACCUUUCUCCAUUUACAGAGUGCUGAAUUAACUUUCCCAAGCCAUUGCUGUGGUCUGAAAAUGUUGAAAAGAUGGAGAGGACACUCUGAGGCAGUUAUUUGCAACCUUACCCGGACUGCUUUGGGAAAGCUGCAGGAAUCCUCUGCAGCUCUCUCUCAGAUGUAUCUGGGACACAAAAUCGACCAACAUCUGAAAGACAGCUUUGGUGUCACAACUGCCGGCACUACAAAUCGCAAUCAUUACUACAACACCCCCAUUUGUCCAACUGAACAGUCUCAAACUGAAGGUCUGUUUUAUGUGGAGUUACCUACAGACCAGCUCAGUGAAGUUUUUGACUUUGCACUGUGUAAUGAGCUUCACACAGAUGAUCAUGGACCCCUGUGCACCCCAUUGCCUAAUGCCCUGAACCCCUGUGAGGAUGUGAUCAGUCAAGGCUUCCUGAGGGUGUUGGUCUGGGUGGUUAGUCUGUUAGCCAUUUCAGCCAACCUCCUGGUGAUGUUCAUCCUGCUGACCAGCCGGCAGAAGUUGUCCGUUACCCGUUUCCUCAUGGGUCACCUGGCGUUUGCAGACUUCUGUAUGGGGAUGUACUUACUACUUAUUGCAUCUGUUGACCUCUACACACAUUCCCAUUAUUACCACUAUGCUAUCAUGUGGCAAACAGGAAGUGGCUGCAAUCUAGCAGGGACAUUAUCAGUGUUUGCCAGUGAGCUAUCUGUGUACACAUUAACUUUAAUCAGUCUUCAGCGCUGGCAUGCCAUCUUCUACGCAAUGAGGCCAGACAGAAAAAUGAGGUUGCGCCAUGCUGCUUUGCUGAUGCUCGUUGGCUGGUUGCUGUGCGUGGUCCUUGCUCUGCUGCCACUGUUUGGUGUGAGCAGUUACCAGAAAGUGAGCAUCUGCUUACCCAUGGACACCGAGACAACUGCUGCUCAGGCCUAUGUGGUCUCUGUCCUGAUGGUUAAUGUCAUUGCUUUUAUGGUGGUAUGCUUAUGUUACCUCCACAUCUACUGCAUGGUGCACAAUCCCCAGAACCAGUCCAGCAGAUGUGAUACCAGCAUGGCCAAACGCAUGGCUGUUCUCAUUUUCACCAGCUUUCUGUGUCUGGCUCCCAUUUGCUUCUAUGGCUUGUCUGCAGCUUUCCACCAACCGCUGAUGACCGUCACGGAUUCCAAGGUACUGCUGGUGCUUUUCUAUCCUCUUAACUCUUGUGCACACCCAUUUUUUUAUGUUAUCCUGACAAAAGCAUUUCACAGAGACAUCCUGAUGUUGCUGAGCCGGAUGGGUCUGUACCAUUGGCAAGCACACCUCUACUGA